AAAACCCAAACAAACACCCCAGAUUCAAAAAUUCUUCAAAAUCAAUGUGUCAAACGGUAGAAUAACCCAGAAAAUUUUGAAACACAUCCUCAAAUUCUCUCUUCUUACAUAAAAAUGGCGAUGGAAAUCGAACAAGGUACAUCCAGAUCAGAGUUUUGUUACUGGAAGCCUAUUUCUCGGAAGUUCGCACCUGAUUCUCCCUUUUUCUCUUCCGGCGAUAUUGAACGACAACUUCUUCAUAAACAGGUUGCAAUUGACUUGACUGAAGAUGAAAAGAAACAACUUAUCGACAUGGACAAUCAUGAAAGCAGGGAGAUUUUCUGUCCAAUUGUUGGUUGUGGCGCACGGUUAAAUUCAUUGGAAGGUUUUGAGGAUCACUAUAAUGCGAGCCAUACUGCAUCCUGUUCAGUAUGCCAUAAAGCAUAUCCUACGCAACGCUUGCUUAGCAUACAUGUGUCUGAAGUGCAUGAUUCUUACUUCAAGGCCAAAGUUGCAAGGGGAUAUCCUAUGUACGAGUGCUUGGUGGAAACUUGCGGGUUGAAAUUCAAAAGUUACAAAGCCCGGCAUCAACAUCUUGUGGACAAGCACAAAUUUCCUACUACAUUUGAGUUUUAUAAGAAAGUGCACCUGUCUAAGAAACAGAGGCAAAAGCAGUGGCGUAAACAAGCUCUUUGCAAAGAGGAAACAUCAAAUGUAAUGCCAUUGGAUGCUGAGGUUGACGACACCAUGGAAGAUCUUACUUCUGCUAUCUCUCGAUUAAGUACCUCUGACUCCAUGCCUUCGUCCAUCAGCUUUGGCCGUCGCCACAACCGUGGCUUGGCUUUUGUUCCUCGGUCUGUUCAGCGUGAGAAAAGAAUGGAUGACUCAUCUUCCACAACGAAUAGAUAGCAACACAUGUUUGAUAAUUUGAUAUUUUCUUUUGAAAAUAACAAUGGUGUUAUGCUACAGUAUCAUUAUUAUCAUAGUUGUAUACUGAUGUCUUCUUCCCAUGAUAUGGUAAAGCAGUCAUGUUAAGCCUUAAA